GGGGUCCCCAGUCGGAGCGGAGGCGCCAUGCGGAAAGGGCCUCGCCGGGGCCGCGCAGGGAUGGGGGUCCCGCAGGGCGGCCUGGAGCCCGGAGGCUUCCCCGCCGCGCGGAAGCGGAGCCUGGCGAGCAGACGCCGCCUCUGGCUGGGUGGGCUGCUGGCCCUGGCCGCCGGCUCCCUGGCGGGGCUUUACCUGCUCUGGCAGGUGGGCGAGGACCCGGCCGUCCAGCCCCGGGAGGCGGCGCAGGAGGAGCUGAUCCCGGGCGCCCAGCUGAAGCACAAGCCCCAAAACCUGACUAGCGGUCAGCUGAAAGACCUGGCCUCGCAGGUCCAACUACAGCGCCUUUGGCGUAGCUACCUGCAGCCCAUCCUGAUCGAGAGGUACUCUGGAAGCCCUGGCAACGAAAAAGUCCGGCAGUUCAUUGUGGAAAAGCUGAGGGAACUGGGCGCUUCCUGGCACAUAGAGGUGGACGCCUUCAAAGACCGGGCGCCGCACGGCGUCGUCGGCUUCGCCAAUGUGGUGGCUACGCUGGACCCCGAAGCCACCUGGCGCCUGGUGUUUGCCUGCCACUAUGACUCCAAAUACUUUCCCCACGACAAGCGCGGCCGGGCCUUCCUGGGGGCGACGGACUCGGCUGUGCCCUGCGCCAUCCUGAUGGAGCUGGUGACGGCGCUGGACGAGGAGCUGAAGAAAUCGAAGGAGAGGGGCUCCAAGGUGACGUUGCAGCUGCUGUUCUUCGACGGGGAAGAGGCCUUCCGGGAGUGGACGGAUCAGGACUCCUUGUACGGCGCACGACAUCUGGCUGAUCGCAUGGCGAAGGCGCCACAUCGCCCGGGCCUCAGCCAGCUCCAGGCUAUCUCUCUCUUUGUUCUGCUGGACCUUUUGGGCGCCCGCCAGCCGACCAUCCAGAACCAUUUCCGCAACACAGCCCUCUGGUUCGAAAGGCUCGUUGGCCUCGAGAAGCGGCUGCACCGGCUCGGCCUUCUGGAGUCUCACGCAAAGGAACAACUCUAUUUCCAGCAACGCUCCUACUAUGACCCCGUCGAAGAUGACCACGCUCCCUUCCUCCGGAGAGGUGUUCCAGUCCUUCACCUCAUCACCACACCCUUCCCCGCCGUCUGGCACACCUUCGAGGACACAGAGGAGAACCUGCACCCGCCUACGGUGCUCAACCUCUGUAAGAUCUUGGCAGCUUUCCUGGCGGAAUAUCUGUGGCUUUAGGGGGAAAGGACUCUCCUGCUGACCCCGAGGCCUUUGGUUUUUGGUCAACCGAGAUGUGGAACGGCUGGAGGAUGCGCCACGUUUAAGAAACAGCACGAUCGCUUGCCAGGGACUCCGUCUGUGGCCCUUGCAGAAGCUGCGCUCGUGGCCCAAAGUGAUGUGGGGAGAGACAGGCUGGGAAACGGAAGGGUCUUGGACGUUGUGUCUUGGGGAAUUAAGCCUUCAAGCCCCUCAGGGAAUGUGGCUGGCCAGGCAAGAGGACCCCAGACUGAUCUCCAAGAUGGCACAGAUCAGGGAAACCAAAUUGGAGUGGCAGUAGAGAGAAUAAUAAUAAACUUCCUUUCUUCCUAGGGGAUUGUAGUACAGUGGACGCUCGGGUUGCAAACAUCCAUGCGGGAGGCACGUCCGCGACCUGCGUGUGUCGUGAUUUGGCGCUUCUGAGCAUGUGCAAAGCGCGAUUUAGCGCUUCUGCGCAAGCGCCGAAACCCGGAACUAACCGUUCCAGUACUUCUGGGUUCGGUGCAGUGCGCAACCCAAAAUCGCACAAUCCGAAGCGUCUGUAACCUGAGGUAUGGCUGUAGUUUCUUGGGGGGGACGGACCCCCGACCCUUCCCUUAUCAGCAACCCUACAAUGUGCACUCUUGUUAUUAAGAAUAGUCUUGAAUCCAAGUUCUGCUCUUGAGCCAUUUUGGAAACUGAGGCCUGGUUUUUCGAAGUGCCCAGGCUCCUGUCGGUUCCACGGAAUGUGGCUAUUCACACGUGAUAGAGACACGAUUCAGGGAGAACCGUUUGCACUCUGAUCCCAGGUACUUAAAAUGAAAUUUUCUUUUCCCCUGAGGCAGCUGUUUAGUCCGUGCUGGGAGGUGCAGAACAAUGUCCAAGAUGCCCAGAGACAUCUUACCUCUGCCCCCUGACCUAUUCCGUCCUGUACCAAGCAAAAACGGGUUUUUACUCUGUUUUUAAUUCAAUGUUUAUUGUUGAGCCUUAAGGCCACGUCGGGUGUGGCAGCUCUGCUGUGUGGAAAAAGCUUGGGUGGGAGGGAGGAAUUCUCAUGUCGCAUUCAAGCUAAAUCUGGGUUACGCACCUUCCUUAUUCCAAAGUGACUCCGAGGCCUGGUUUAGACACACGACAAAAUCCUGAGUUAGGAGAGUGGGGUGCCACUUCUGAAUGCUUCCUCACCUUUUCAAAGCAUACCUGCAAGUAAAAAGCUAGCAAAUCAAUGAGAGAUUCCAGUUCAGCCCUCUUCCUGGUGUUCUAGCUUUCUACUUGCAAGGACUAACUUUUAAAAAAAGUAAAAGUUGGGGAACAAUCUGAAGUGUUACAAUCCAUUAUUCCAUCUCAGACUACGUCCCCUCCCUCAAAUGAUUCAUUGACAAGUAUUACAAUAAAAGUUUCAGGCAACUUUCUGCUCUUUCA